ACCUAGCCGCCGCCGGCGUUGUAUGCCUCCUAUCAGCCCGUCAUCUUCCAGCGCAAAGACUCUGUCCCUGUCUUCGUCCCCGAGGCAGCACCGAGGUUUCUUCCAGCCCUUCUGAGCUCUGAGAGAUUUGAAUCGCUUGUCCACAGAAGUUGUAACUCUUGCAAAGACAAAAGAUUGAUUUGUCACAGCCGAGUGAGCUAGCCCGUGUUCAGCAGAGAAGAUAAUAAUGUCGAAAUGCUGCAGUUUUCUGUUUAGAAAUGGCGUAAUUUCAACUUCUGCUGAAACUCCAUCUGUGGUUACCUUGCUCGAAACUCACCCGGGCGCAUACACGACCACACGUACUCAUAACAAUGGAUCACAACUCUUGUUUUGGGAAAGGCACUUGAGAAGGCUCUCAAAUUCUGUGACCAUUCUUCUACAAUCCAACCCAAGACUUAUGUUCAAAGUCCCGAAAGCCACCUUUCCAUACUUCUCAAUGUCAACACCAUCACCCCUAUGGGAUUCACUGGUUCAGUCCCUGGUCAAUGAUUCAAUGAAAAAGGUUAUGCCUGUUGUACUAACAGAGAGGAAGGAUGAAGAGGAAUUAGCUAUCACAUCACUCGUCACUGGCAAUUUUUAUAAUGUUAGGGAUUUGGAGGGAUUAAAUGAGGAGCAUAUAUCUCGAAUUUUCGAUGUGUACGUGCAUGUUGGUGGAUAUGUUCCUAAAAUAUUUGGAAAUUUAGUAAAUGGGGCACACUUGGCAGUUGCUGGUUGUGGCAGAGAGGCAGCAAAUGCAAAGUAUUCAGACUGGGUGAGGCAGAGGAAGCUUUUGGAGAAGUUGAAGUCUCCUUCAGUUGAUGAGCUUUUGUUGUCGAACGAUGGAGAUGCAAUUUUGGAGGGCUGUUUGACAAACUUUUUUGUGGUCUGUUGCAAGGAAGAGAAAGGAGACACGGACUGCUUUGAAAUACAGACAGCCCCCCUCAGUGAUGGUGUUCUUCCCGGAGUUAUACGCCAAGUAAUUUUUGAUAUAUGCUCAAGAAAUGGAUUUCCACUCCGAGAAGUUGCACCAUCAUGGUCAAAGCACAAAACAUGGAAAGAAGCAUUCAUUACGAAUAGCUUGAGAGUAAUGCAACAUGUGGUGACAAUUCAGUUUCCAGAAUCAAUGGAAUCGCUUAAAGAUAAAACCUGGAAUGAUGUGAUAUGGGAGAAGAAAAUGUUUGAGGGUACCCCUGGGAAAAUCACAACCCUCAUACAGGAGGAGAUCAUGAAAUUUGCGGAGGUAGAGGCGUAUCCGGUUGCUCUUUUCAAUGACUAAUUGCCUCUCUAUUACGAGAGGUACUUCCAUAACCCAGAAUUGAGCCAAGGAAUAAUGAAGAGGAGUUCAUGGUGAUUAUAAUUCAUGAUCUGGUUUUAAACCUUUAGUACUUAGUAACUAGUCACCAUAUCUAGGAAGAGUGAAAUAGAUUACUCCUACUUGGAUCAUAUUACUCUAUAUAAGAUUGAAAACUUAUACUCCGUAGUAUAAUAAUUGAGUAAAAGGGGU